UUGUGGGAAAAUGGAGCAAAUCGAGCACAAGUUCGUGGCGAUCAAUGGUCUGAAACUUCACGUUGCAGAGCUCGGGAGCCAAGCAUCGCCGGCGGUGGUUUUCCUGCACGGUUUCCCGGAGAUAUGGUACUCGUGGCGCUACCAGAUGGUCGCCGUAGCUAACGCUGGAUUCAGAGCUAUAGCACUCGACUACAGAGGUUACGGACUUUCCGAUCCUCCUCCAGUGCCAGAAGAAGCGAAAUCUGCGGACAUCAUCUCUGAUGUGGUCGCACUGCUUGACGCACUCUCCGUCACGAAGGCCUUUUUCAUUGGCAAGGAUUUUGGAAUUCGGCCUGCAUACUUAAUGCCUCUUCUCUACCCUGAGAGAGUCUCUGGAGUAGUCACAUUGGGUGCACCAUAUUUGCCUCCAACUCCUUCCGCUACAUCGUUCCUUGAUCAUCUUCCCGAAGGUUUCUACAUCUCAAGAUGGCAGAAACCUGGUAGAGCCGAGGCUGACUUCGGCCGCUUCGACAACAAAACUGUAGUUCGGAACAUCUACAUACUUUUCUCAGGCACUGAAAUACCAAUUGCAGCUGAGAACCAGGAGAUCAUGGACUUAGUUGAUUCAUCUACUCCCCUACCAAGUUGGUUCACUGAGGAAGACCUUGCAGCCUAUGGUUCCCUGUACGAAAAAUCUGGAUUCCGAACUGCAUUGAAAGUUACAUACAGGUCAAUGUCCGAAGAGUUUAACUUGACAAAUUUGAAUGUUGAUUCUCCGGCAUUGUUCAUCAUGGGAGAGAAGGAUUACUUCUUUAAGUUUCCCGGAAUGGAAGAGUACAUAAAGAAGGAACAGGCUAAGGCUUUUGUUCCAAAGCUGAAGACAGUGUACAUACCUGACGGUAGCCAUUUCGUGCAGGAGCAGUUCCCUGAACAAGUGAAUAAGCUCAUCGUCGACUUUCUCAGAGAGAAUACCACUGACUGAAAUAAUCUUAAUUUCUUCAAGUAAGUCCAUGUUCAUCAAGCUUUUUAAUUGUUCUGUGUGCCCAAUAACUUCUUCCUCUAAAUUUUGGGUUCCCUAUAUGUAUUUUGUUGUCUGUUUUGAGUUCAGUUCACUAGAUAAUUUUUUCAAGUGUUUAAUUUUGCCAUAAUGAUGUUGUGCCAAUUUAGAGAAAAUCAA